AUGACAGUGGAAAACAGAUUAUACAAUCUUUGGUACUCCGUGUUUAUUUUACGAAUAUGGCGCCAAUGGAUUAAGCAAUCUGACUCGUACACAUUAAAGGACAAUUUUAUUACGCUAAACGCAUACACUUGCAUUGAAAUAAAUGCCCACUCGAUAAUAUCAAUUAUUAAGAAAUUUUCUAGUGAUGAAAGUUUACCUAAAAAUAUGUUUACACCAUGGCUUAUGAGCAGUCAACCCUGCGAACAGCUUUUUAGAGCUACCAGAUCUAUAACCAGCACCUAUUCUACAGUCGUCAACUACAGUAUGCUAGAAAUUUUAAACAGAUUAAAUCGAAUUCAUUACCUAGAAGAUGUUAAAACAGAAUUGCAGGGUCAAUUUACAUUUCCCCGAACUAAUACAGACACUGAGCAGCUGUCUACUACUUUUCAACCAAUGACCGACGAAGAUAUUGAGAUGACAGUGUUAAAAGCCCAACAAGACGCAGUAAGCGAUGCCGAAUGUAUGGGAGUUACAUACGCAUAUAGUAGCACUUUAAUAGUUGACCUGCCCGAAAUCAAAGAUUUAGACUGUGAAAACAAAGAUCUAAAAGAAGAAUCUGAGGACUGUAAUUUAGAUGAUAAUAUUGUGCAACACUACGAAGAUAGUUCCUGUAAUAUACAAAACUUCCUGGAUAACCAUGACAAAAAUCGGUUUGGUGAUAGCGAUUCACCUUCGGAUUCACCGUCCGAGGAUAUCGAAGAAUACCUGGAGCAUUACAAGGGAUCCUUAACACUAAAAUACUUCACCGGCAAAAACCAAAAGACUUCUGAAAGCAAUAACAGUCGAUUCCUUAAAGUUGUUUUGGAGAAUGGGUCCAUAAAAACUUUUAAAAAAUCGUCCCUAUGUUGGUUCUUUAAUGAAAAUUCUAAAUUAAGCACGGAUAGAUUAGAAAGAUUCAAAACAAAUAGAGCUAGAAAGAACAAAAUUAAUGUUAGAGGUGGUAUUUUGAAAUCAAAACAAAAAACCUUACGAAAGAGGCAACCAAAGAGUCACAUUAUAAAAAAACGAGUAAAAAACGCACCCUCUACCUCGCCCUCUACAUCCCGACGAAAAUCAUAUAGUUCUGAAACGAGCUCUGAAAGAGAUUCGAAUUUGUUUUCUUAUAACGACUCCACGGAUAUCUCAGACAUCAACUCUGAAAAAGAGGAAGAAUGUGAUACUAAGAAAAUAAACGUUUUAAACGAGCACUUUUAUGCAGUCAUGUAUGAUAAAAUGUGGUAUAUUGGAAAGGUGGUUAAUCAAGAUCAAGAAAGCCUAAAUAUACAAAUGAAGUUUAUGAAAGAAGACCUUGAAGAUUUUUAUUGGCCGAAACAAGAUGAUCUGCAACUAAUAGAGCCCAUUCAAAUUAUUUAUGGGCCCAUUACAAUGCUAGGUACCCAUCCUAUGAAACUGUCAAGGUCAGACAGAUUAAAAAUAUUGACCUUACAUAAAUCUUUAAAAAAAGUAUAAAUCAGAUUUGUCUUAGAGACAGUUUAGUUUUAUUCGAUUUUCUUUUAUACUGGUAACUUCUUUAGUUUUAUUCCAAAGAAAAUAGUUACCUUUCAUCUUGG